AUGGAAGCUUUGCCUGCAACAACAGGUGAUUGCCCACAUACAGUCGCAUCUCCACACCAGCAAACAUGUCAUCCGUCAAAUAUAGUUUAUAUCUAUACCAUGAAAGAUGGAGAAAGAUUGGUUUCAAUGUUCACCUUAAGAAGCUUAAUGACAUUUAUGUUCUUCAUAUCCCUGGUAAUGGUGGAAGCUACAAACAGUCAAUACACUUCCUUGCUUGAUUGGUUUGAUGUGGAUCUUGAAGGCGAACAUUCUGCAAUGGAUGGUCGGAUACUUCAAGAACACACAGAAUAUGUAGUAUAUGCCAUUCACAGGUUUCUCAUCCCAAAUUUUACAUUUCAAUUCUUGUGGCGGUUCUUUCCACACCUCAAAGAGAUUUUUGCAACACCAGGGUUAAGUCAACAUUAUGUCCACCAGAUGGCGCUGUGUGUGAAAGAUCACACUAAUGUUCUUCCAGCUGAUAUAUCAAGUGACUUUCCUGGUUAUGCUUGCCUUCUAGGAAAUCUAUUGGAAGCUGCUGGUGUUGCUUUUACUCAACCAGGUUCAUUUGAUAGGCACAUUCCAAGAAUUAAUGGAGACAUACUUUCAGUUGAUGAAGCAACUUUUGCCCAUCAAAGGCUGCUAGAUAGGUACUCGUAG